AUGAGGACAACUGAUCUUCAAUCCUCUAUUGCCCUUUCGACACUGCAACAUGAUGUUGACAUACUUUUACUUCAUGGAAUGCGUGGAAUAGGAAACUCAACCAUAGCGAAGUUUGUAUAUAAUUCAAACUUCAAAAGAUUUGAGAGAUGCAGUUACCUUGAGAAUAUCAGAGAAGUUUCAGAACAGCCAAAUGGUUUGCUUCGGCUACAAAAACAACUUCUUGAUGAUAUUUUGAGCGGAAGUAAAGUGAAAAUACACAAUGUUAGUGAAGGGAUAGCUAAGAUUGAAGAUGUUGUUGGCUCUAGAAGAGUUUUUCUUGUUCUUGAUGAUGUAGAUCAUGUGGACCAACUUGCUGCAUUACUGAGAAUGAAAAAUCGGUUUCAUCCAGGAAGUAAGAUCAUCAUAACAAGUAGCUGCGCCGGAUUGUUGGAAGCUCACUGCCAAUUUGCUAAAGUGCAUAAGGUUAGGAUUCUGGUUGAGGAUGAAGCAUUGGUGCUAUUUAGUUGGCAUGCUUUUGGACAGGACCAUCCCAUUGAAGGUUAUACUGAUCAUUCGAAAAGGGUAAUAGAUCAUUGUGGACGACUUCCACUAGCACUUAAAGUUUUAGGUGCUUCUUUAUCAGGGAAGAAUCUAGUUGUCUGGGAAAGUGCAUUGAACAAACUGGAAGUUAUUCCAAAUGGUGAAAUAAUGAAGAAACUCAAAAUAAGUUAUGAAUCGAUACAAGAUGUAUUGAGAUAUAAUGAUCAUAACAAAGCUUUAUUCCUCCGUAUUGCCUGCUUUUUUAUUGGAAUGGAGAAAGAUGUCAUUGUCACAAUACUAAAUGUCUGUGAUUUCUUCACAGAGGUUGGCAUUCAGAAUCUCGUUGAUAGAUGUUUGGUAACUAUUGACAAAGAUACUUACCUGGUGCAAAUGCAUGACAUGAUUCGUGAUAUGGGAAGGGAAAUCGUUCGCUCAGAAUCAAAGGAUGAUCCGGGAAAACAUAGUAGAGUAUGGCAGCAUAAGGAUUCUUUUGAAGUGUUGUCUGAAAAUAUUGUAAGAAAUAACAUGCUUCUUUCAUGGCACCCAGACAAUUGA